GUCGUCGGUGCUCGCUUCCGAGAGCACCGUGAUCCACCACCACCAUUCCUUCCACGAUGAACACCCACGACUACGACAGCCCGACUCCAGGCAGCUCUUCCAACGCCGCCGGCAAACAAAAGGUCGCGGAUCCGCCCACACUAUUUCGCUUCCAGCGCCGACAAUCAGAACGAUAUUUCUUGGAGACCGAGUACCGCGAAUCCGAGCACACGCCCACGAUGGAGUAUCCCAGCGGACAGAGCCCAUGGGCCUCGUCGCCCGAAGCGAGUCGCCAGAGCUUUGGUGACGACACACUACCUCGAGAAGACCUGCCUGCGCCGGCAGUACAGAUGCCCGACAACGAGCACGAACAUGCGAAUGGAGAGGGCUGGUCUUCACAAGCGCAGCAGAGUCAAUGGCAACAGCAGCAGCCGCAGCCUGAGCAGCAACCUCAGCAACAGCAAGCGCCGCAGCAGCGUGUGGGCUCAGGUGAGGAGAAUAGGAGACCCAACUCGGCCAGAUACCACAAUGUACAGCCACCGCAGCAGCAACGACAACAUGUGCCUCAGUACAAGCUGCAAGCCAAGAUUACAGGCCUGGAGAGGUCCGACAAGAAAGAUCCCAUCUUGCGGUUCGAUGUCUAUACCAACCUGCCUAAAUUCCGAACAACACAAUUCCGUGACAUUCGCCGCAAGCACUCCGAGUUCCAGAAGCUAGGAGCUCAUCUGAUCGCCUCAAAUCCUGAGGCGCUUGUACCUGCAGUCCCACCCGGGUCAUCGAGCGCUGGAAUGGGGACGGAUGAGGAUGAGAAGAUCACAAAGAAGGCUCUGCAGCGAUGGUUAGACGUCAUCUGCUCGAACGACGUUCUUAUGAGGGACGAAGAAAUGGUCUUCUUCGUGGAGAGCGACUUUGGAUACAGCCCAGUAGUGCGCAAAAAGCAGGCAGCGACAGGCAUGAGGAGGAAAGUGCUCAAACAAUUCGCACCACCUCCGGACGACACACCUGAAUUGCUUGAAAGCAGGCCAAUCGUCAAGGCUUUCUACCUGGGUUCCAUGGAUGCGCAGCAGAAAGUCGACAAGGUUGUCAAAAGCAGACGAGCACUCGGUACAGCAGAGUCGGAUCUUGGCACGAAAGUGGCGGCAUUAUCCAAUAACGAGCAGCACAAUGGCCUUGCAAAUGCAUACCGAAAGCUGGGAAAGGUUGUACAGAAUACUGGAGACUUUCACUCAGCUCAGGGCACAGCAGAGGCUACGACGCUUUCGGACCCACUUGCAUACCACAGCAGUGAUGCUUUUAUCGUGAAGGAAACGCUCACGAACCGUCACAUCCUCCUCCGGGAACUGGCACAAGCGCAGAAUGCCACGCGCAGCAAGUUGCAGUCUGCAGAUCGACUAAAAGCCAGCUCCAGUGUAAAGCGCGACAAAGUGGACGAGGCUAUCUCGGCCUUGGACGAGGCAAGGAGCCACGAGGCAUAUCUGCAACAGAAGACACAACGCGUAACGCAGAAUCUGGUUCUCGAGAAACGCAAGUGGUUUGCCCGAACGGCAGCAGAAAUGAGGACGGCAGUGCGCGAAUACGUGAUCCGAGAGAUUGAGGCCGAGCGCCGGACGCUCGCCACGCUUGAGCAAGUCCGUCCUGAAGUGCGCAAUAUCGACGCAUCAGGAGGUCUUAGUAGGCUUGGACGGGAAGCGCAUCCUGUCGUGCGACGCUCUAGUAUGGCUUCCAGCCAAGGUCCCAAAGGCGACGCUUGGUCUGGUGUACCUCGCCGUCCAGAUGGCCUAAACAGGAGCAUCAGUGGCAGCUUUGCCCCCGGCGUGCCUGGUGCGGUACCAGAAGAGGGCGAAGAGGAUACUGUUGAAGGAAAUAGGAAGCGUGCAACAAGUUCGGCCAGCAGCCUGGGCAAGUUGGCAGAGGACGAUGAUGAUGACAGGAUCGAUGCGCGGAAUGCAGCAAGUCGACUAGCACAGACUACGUUCUGACCGCGAUGCCGUGCGGAGAUAAAGGUGCGAUGACGACUGGGAACGCCGGGUAGACCUAAUGAUAGCGCAAGCGUUGCAUGUAUGAUCAGGAGACAACCGCAUUUCUUCUUGUAUAUAUUGUUGUAGUGCUACGUGGACUUCGACACAUGU